CUCGUCCUCAUCGUCCCCGACCCCCGACUCCGAUCCCCCUCUCUGUCUCUCUCUCUCUCUCUGCAACAAGGAAAAGUCAAGCUCACGAGCUAAGUGGCAAUGGCGAAUGCGGCGCCCUUCUUCAACCUCUUGCAUUUGGCGUUUUCCGGCGAAAUACUAAUCAGUAAUCACGCCCCCUCCCUUGACUUUACUGCAUGACGACGACGACGACGAACACGUGAUGCGCUGUCACAUGAGAUAAACCACUGCCCUUCCUUCCUCUCUCUCUCUCCAUGUCCAACCGCAGUAUAUAACUCAUCGCCCAUCAUCAUCGUCGUCGUCGUCGCCUGUCUGUCUCUCGCCGCGCGAGGAAGAUGGGAGCAAUGCCGCCGCCGGCGCUGUUGGGAGUCUCCCUCGCCCUGCUCUGCUCCGUGCUCUGCCCCCUGCCCCUGCUCGCCGGAGGAAUCCCGACGACCCUUGACGGGCCGUUCCCGCCCGUGACGGUGCCCCUCGACAAGAGCUUCCGCGGGAACGCCGUCGACUUGCCGGACACCGACCGCCGGGUCCAGAGGACGGUCGCCGGUUUCGGGCCGGAGCAAGUCUCCGUCUCGCUUUCCUCGAACUGCGACUCCGUCUGGAUUUCUUGGAUCACAGGAGAGUUCCAGAUAGGUGACAAUAUCACCCCAUUGGAUCCGAACAGUGUGGAGAGUGUUGUUUAUUAUGGGGUCUUAAGAUCUGGACGGAGUCAUCAGGCGACCGGUUAUUCGCUAAUUUACAACCAACUUUAUCCCUUUGAAGGCCUCAAAAACUACACUUCUGGAAUCAUACACCAUGUUCGUCUGAAAGGGUUGAAGCCCAACACAUUAUACUAUUACCAAUGUGGAGAUCCUUCAAUAGCAAUGAGUGAUGUGUGUUAUUUUAGAACUAUGCCCGUCACUGGCCCGAGGAGUUACCCCAGCAGAGUGGCAGUGGUUGGUGACUUGGGUCUUACAUACAAUACCACUUCUACGGCCGACCACAUGCUGAGUAAUCAUCCUGAUCUUGUUCUUUUGGUUGGGGAUGUGACUUAUGCUAACUUGUAUCUCACAAAUGGAACUGGGGCCGAUUGCUACUCCUGUUCGUUUCCACAAACUCCUAUUUACGAAACCUACCAGCCACGAUGGGAUUAUUGGGGAAGGUUUAUGCAGCCUCUAGUGUCUAAAGUUCCCAUCAUGGUCAUAGAAGGAAAUCAUGAGAUUGAAGAACAGGCUGAAAAUCGGACUUUUGUUGCUUAUAGUUCUCGAUUUGCAUUUCCAUCUAAAGAAAGUGGAUCAUCGUCUACGUUUUACUAUUCCUUCAAUGCAGGCGGGAUACACUUUUUAAUGCUUGGUGCCUAUAUUUCUUAUAAUAAAUCAUCGGAUCAGUACAGAUGGUUAGAGAAAGACUUAUCUAAGGUUGACAGAGAAGUCACACCAUGGUUGGUGGCUACAUGGCACCCUCCUUGGUACAGCACUUACACUGCACAUUACAGAGAGGAGGAGUGCAUGAGGGUUGCAAUGGAGGAUUUGUUGUACAGUUAUGGGGUUGAUGUUGUCUUUAAUGGACAUGUUCAUGCCUAUGAGAGGUCAAAUAGAGUAUACAACUACACUCUGGAUCCCUGUGGUCCUGUUCACAUCACUGUUGGAGAUGGUGGUAACAGAGAGAAGAUGGCGAUUACACAUGCAGAUGAACCUGGAAACUGUCCAGACCCAAGUACCACCCCCGAUACGUACAUGGGUGGUUUCUGUGCAUUUAAUUUCACAUCGGGCCCUGCUACAGGCAAAUUCUGUUGGGACAGGCAACCGGAAUAUAGUGCUUACAGAGAAAGCAGCUUCGGGCAUGGCAUUUUUGAGGUGAAGAAUGAGACUCAUGCUUUGUGGACAUGGCAUCGUAAUCAAGACUUGUACAAUAAAGCAGGAGACGUCAUCUACAUUGUUAGGCAACCUGAUAAGUGCCCAAUCAAGGCAAAGAGAAACGUCUGACCAAGUCCACAAGACCAGCUAAUUCACAAAACAGAUCAAGAUUAACUUUUUGAAAAGAAAAUUAGCAGUUGUCACUUUUCUACAAUUGAUACAGAGAACCGUUACUGUUUUCUACAGGAAGCUGAUUAUGCGAUUGUUGGCAAGAUAGUGUAUGUCUUCUUAAGGCGUAAACGCAAUCGUGUGAAGAAACCAUUGUUCUUGAUUAUAAGUCGUACGAGGGAAUGUUCGUACCAAA